GGGUUAGAUGUGGCAUUCGAGCUGUGGAGUAUGAAUAAUGGUCUGAUUUUUGCCAGACGCCUGUUUUGUUGCAAAUUACCGAUAAUUUUUAGAACUCGCCAGAUGUGGUGGAAGGGAACUAUACAGAAUUCUUUCAGUAGAAUUAAUUCUUUAAGCAGGUCCAGAAAACUUAUCAUGGUCAUUUUGCUGCUGCUGUUGCUGCUGUAUUUCCUUGGACCAUAUUUGUUCACUACCCAAACAACGCAAAUAAACCUUGAUGUUCUGGACAGUUGCGUAGAGGAUAAGGUCCGAUAUUUCCGUAAAGCUACUCAGAGUUUUGAUGCCUUUGUGAACAGCCCCGGAGGGUCUGGAGCAGACCGUCAAUAUCCAGCCUACGUGGGCAAUGGCCACGUGGCCGCUGCCCUGGGCAGCGCCAACGGGUUGUUUGUGCGCCUCAACAGGGCGCUUUCCCUCCCAGUCAAGUUCUACCCCGUUGUGUCUGCCUUUAUGGAAAAUACACAUUCAUCUGUGAAAGAAGUGACAGCGUUACACAUCAAGUCUGGAAUAGCCUAUCGGAUACAGACAAUCCAUGUUGAUUCAGGAUGGACAGGUUCCUGCGUCUCUAUUGGAACACAGUUGUAUGCCCACAGGUCAAGGCCAUCAGUACUUGUGCAGGAUAUCAAAAUUUCCAACCCAAGUAAAAACCAGGUGGUUGUAGACUUGGACCAGGUCGGAGAUUCAGGAUGGAAGGGUUCAACUUCUACUCUGAAAAGUGCUAAGAACAGCAUAGGGGAAGAUGUCCAGUACAGUUUGACCUCUGGAGAGGUCAGCAGCCAGGAGGCUGGCUACGUCUCAUAUGUCACCGUGGCAACAGUUAAACUACCAGAAAAGUUCAUCAAAAUCAAGGCAGGAAAGACCAAACUGUUACACAUUGUGACUGUGGUGCACUAUACAGCCCCAAUGCCGAAGAGUACGAGGGAUCCAAGCGCUUUCUUCAAGGACCUACAGGAAAAAGUGGACAAGGAUAUGUUGGAAGUGUUGAAGAUAGACACCAAAGUCCUAAGGGAUGAACACAUCCAUGUCUGGAACAAGCUAUGGCAGAGUGGGUUUGGGAUCAGUUACUCUAAGGCCAGCGGGGCCUUAAACGGGGACAAGAUCAACUCCACGAUGUAUUACGUGAUGAGUAACAUCCCAGCACCCCUCCACAGCGUCACCUCGACACUGAAAGAGCGUACCGAGAUCUACCGCACUCUCCACUACCCUGACAGGUGUUACGGAGGACAUUCAACACUCCAUGCUAACACCCUGUGGGUGGACAUGUCGGAUGAGGAUGACAUCGCCAGGGUAACCACCACGUGGAUGAUCACCUUGGAGAAACAAGGCUGCUCUGUCAUGGUGAAAGCAGGUGCCGAGGGUGUCAUACAAGCUAUGGUACUGAGUCUGGGAGCAUUCAGGUUUGCCAACGAUCACCUUGAAUUUGCAAUGGAGCCUAAGGACCUUCAUCGGGAUCUGUUUUUCCACAGAAUCAACUACGGAAAUAACACCCACGUAAAUGUAUCUGUGAUAGUAGGAGAGGACAACAGGGCUAAUAUCUUUGUGGCCCUAGAUCGUAAUGACCGGCCGUACUACGCCUGCGACGCUGGCUGCAUUGAUGCCCCUGCUGCCCUCAGUAAGGAACUGAAGCAGUUCCCUGUGAAGCAGACGAAGCCACUGACAUCCAUCUUGUACAUCACGGCCGACAAAAUUCACAUGGAGGAGCUCAAACACGCCAUUCACGUUGAAAACAUUGUGGAAGCACCAGCCCAUGAACACCAUGUGAUCGCUCUCCACAAGCACGGCCAUCACUUUGGAGGUCUGCCCACCAUAUUCUGGGCGUCCAUUGCAUUCCUCGUCGUUGUGUUCCAUUUGUUCCUGUGUAAACUAAUAUACAACGAAUACUGUGCCGGCCAGGACCGCUUCACCAGAGGGCGCUAUAGUGUAUAGCACAAGUAGGCCCCACUAGACACGGGGCACUUCAAAAUGUAACAUUAAUCAUAUACACAUGUAUAUAUAUAUAUGUGUGUUUAUCAUACCAUACAAAUCAUUUGGGGGACAUACUUAUAUUUAGCAAAAUGUGAUCAUCUUUGUCAUGAAACAAGUACAUUAUGAAGUAAUUGUUUUGUUAUAUGAAAGACAGUGAGCCAGAAUGACAUAUCUCUUUGUACACUUACCGUAUCUAAUGAAAAAAUCAGCCUUUUUUUAAGUCAUCUGCCAUUUGUCGUUGAGUGGAUUUCUCCGGACACAUAUAUGUCACGUGUAGUCAUGUGUCCAAUUUGUGCCCCAGAAUUACAUUGAAAGACAAGUCAGUAAGUCUUCUUUUGGUAACUAAUUAACAUUGAAAAUCUCAUAAGAAUUGGCUGAAAUUUUGUUAAUCCUCGUUGAUAAUAUUAUGAUUUAAAAUUAGUUAUUGAAUAUUUUUCUUUUUUUUUAAAGAACUAAUGUUAAGAUUUGAGAGUUAUAUAGAAUUUUGUAAAAGUGGUCGAUUAACAUAUUUUUGGCGGUCAGAACCCUGGUCACUUUAGAUAGGUGGUCGCUUUUAACAGUUAGCUUUUAUAAGAAGUAUAGUAAAAACAGUCUAGAGCAAUCCAAAAUGGUCGCUUUAGACAGGUGUUCACUUGAGCAGGUUCGACUGUACUACAGUAUUAACUUGUCAUCCGUUACAAAAUAUCUUCCAAUUUUGACUUAUCAGAGAUACACAGCAUUUAUUCUAGAUCUGAUAUUAAUAUUAGAUGAAUGCUAUUCAAGCAGUGACUGUCUACACAACUUGUGAUAAGUCAUAGUUCUCCCCUGGAAGUUACUAUUUAGCUGAAAUCCUUCAUAAAUCAAUGCAGACCCCAAAGAAAUACAGGGAUAAAUGACUUUGAAAAGAAAGAAAAACUGAGAGUUGAAUUUGACCACACACUACAUUGUUACAGCUUCCUCCUACUCCAUUUUGUUAGUCUGCUAGUAUUAAUACUCGAAAUAUUACAUUUAAAAACAGACAAACCGUUUGUUCCACAUAAACGAACAGGCCCUAGAACUUUCUGCUGCCCCCAUUACAAUUUUUGGGACGUUUAUCUGUUUCUUGACCUUGUUACUGUUAUUAUAUUGUGUGUCUUUAGAUGCCCAUGGUCAAAUGGUCUAACCUCGUUGGUGACAUAAAACCUCUUACAAUCAAUCAAUCAGGGAUCGGGUAUCAUUACAGAAAUAGGGAAGGACCUAGUGAUUUGCUGUUGUUCAAGUCCUGCAUUAGUAUUUGCAGGUCUGUAAGGAUUUACCCCUAAAACUUCACAUUAAAAAAAAAAAAAAAAUUAGUUGGCAUAAAGGAACGGGUCCUUGGUUAGGCCAGAAACCUGUGAUAUAGGUAAUAAUUGCAGAUGUUAUAUUGUGUUACCUGUUGAUAUGCAAGGAUUUUUUUCUGGAGAGGAAAAAUGUAUUUCUGUGGCUAUAACAGUUAAAACCAAUGUGAGGACUCAUUCUGCUGUGUCAUAUCUCAAAUGGGAACAAUCGGCGCUUUCUGUAAACAAGAAAAAUAUUUCCCUGUUCAUGGAAAGUGCCGACAGUUCCCGAUUAUGUCAUAUCUUUAAUGUUAAAUGAUGUCAAGAAACUCGUGUAUGCAUAUUACAUAACUACGCCUGAUAUGAUUUACUGUAAAUGUGCUGUGAUGUGUUGGAUUGUAAUAUUUAGAUGUUGUCUGUAGAGGGUAUUUGACACAUGUUUUACUUAUUAUAUAAGAAAUCCAUGAGGGCAAUGUGUAACAUUCAGAUUAUCUCCCUUUAACUAAAAAACCCGACUCCUGGAUCAUUUAGGUGUAAAAGUUGUGAAAAUGAAUCUGUUGUAGUAAUUAUCAUUCAGUUGUCAUGUUGGUUCUUAAAAUUGAUUGUAAAAUAAUGGUUUAUUUAUAUAAAUGUAAGUGAUUUAUGGCACAGAAAAUUUGAAUAUGAUUUGACAGAAUAAUUACGGUAAUAUAUGCUUUUACAAAACAAGGGAAGUAAUCCAGUUGUAGAUGUAUGUUAUUGAGUAGGGAUCUCUUACCAGUAUUUAAAUUUAAUAUCCUUUUCAAAGAAAAUAGGCAUAUUUCUAUCAAUACAAUUGUACUGUCUUUUGUGUGUAACUUGCACAUUAUUUAUUUAUAACUAACUUACAAAGCAAGAUAUACAUUCACCCUUUCAAAAAAAUCAAUAUUUAACCAGUGUUAUUUCUCCCUUCCAAUAUAUUUUAAUCAUCAAACUUGAUAUCUUAUUUUCUAAUCAGAUUUAUGUUCAUGAUAACGGUCAGGAUAAAUUUUCCAUUUUUACAAUAUCUGUGACAAAAUUUCCUAGUAUAAAGUAUACUGUAAAAGUUGGACUUUUUGUAGGGUUUAUAUAUUCAUCGUUACUGUAUUAACAACAUUUCCGCAAUAAUUACAUCCUGCAAAAUUAAAAGCAAAUGAAUUUAUCCAUCCUUUUUCUUACAUUACGGUUCUUGUUCACUGGACCUAAAAUUUGCAAAAAAUAGAUCCUACGAAUCCGAAAAAAAAUUUAGGUACCACAAAAUGUGUUGGUUUUUUUUGCAGUAUGUUACCGGUAUGAGGAUAUAAACUUGUAUUCAAACAUGUGGAACUAUUUAUGAGGGAUAAAUGAAAGGACUGUUUAGCUAGUCAUAUGGCAUUAUAUUAUGUAAAUAGAUAUGUAAUUAUUUAAAAAGAACUACAUAUUGGGGUUGAUAACAUUAUUUACCUAUACUGCUUCAUAUUUAUUUCAUACUGUUAGGGGACAUGAGAUUACUGUGGGAUUUUUUUUCUUGCCAGGAUCAUAUACAGAUUUUUGCUUGUUGCAUUUAGCUUGAAAAAUAGUUUGUCGAUGUAGUGGAAAGAAAUUUCAGCACCACAAGUAAAGUGUGUGAACCAAGUAGGUUGACUUCUAAGUAACUCAAACUAUGCAUACAUUACAAUUUACGUGCACCUUAAGAAAAUGUUACUGGUACAGAAAUUGUAGUUAUAAGAGUGAUAUAUGAUCCUGGUGCUGCUGAAAAAGUGAAUAUAGAAGUCGGUCACUUGGCAGCCUCGAUACCCCCCGGGUUACGCUCACUUUCGCUUUCUGCAUCCAUGGAAUAUGUCAUAGCAAAAUCGAAGGCUCAGUGGGCGUCACC